CUCACAUUGCAUUUCAAAAGAGAGAGUAUUCUCUGUUCUGAUUCUAUUUCUGAUUCUGAUUCUUUCUUUCACAGUGCUCUACCAGUACGAGGAAGCAAAGACGGUGUGGCGCGCGUGUUUGAAGGAAUGGUGCCAACCCAAAUAGCUUCUCGGUCUCGUUUUCACCUUCAUCAACGCAUGGGUACUCUCUUUCACUCCAUUUUCAAUCUUCCUCCUUUUGCUUCUUUCCAUUUCCCCAUACUUCACUUUACUUGUAUAACUAGUGCCACAAACCUUGAUGAUCAUGAUGAUGAUUGUGUGAGAAAUAGCAAAAGAAAUGACUUCAGGAACUCCUUGAGAGACAGGUGUAAGCUUGGUAAACUGAGUAAUGUUGGUGAAGCUUUGGACUUGUUUCAUUCUAUGGCUAUGAUGAAGCCUUUGCCAUCUGUGGUUGACUUCACUUUGUUGUUGGGUGUGAUUGUGAGGAUGAAGCAUUACACAACUGCGGUAUCUUUGGUUCAAUACAUGAAUUCUUCUUUGGGCAUAAAACCUGAUUGCUUUACUCUUAAUAUUGUGAUUAAUUGCCUUUGUCGAUUAAAGUUGACGCCUUUUGGGUUCUCUGUCUUUGCGACCAUGCUCAAGCUUGGAUUGGAGCCGCCUCUGUCGACUUUCACUGCUCUCAUUAAUGGGCUUUGCAUGCAAGGCGAUGUGGCUCGGGCAGUGGGGAUGGUUGAAAGUUUGAAAAAGAUGGGUUAUCAAUUGGAUGUUUACACUUAUGGAGUGUUGAUUAAUGGAUUGUGUAAGAUGGGUGACACUAAUGCGGCUAUUGGGUGGCUACAUAAGAUGGAAGAAAGAGAUUGUAGAUCCAAUGUUGUAGUUUACAGCACAAUUAUUGAUAGUUUGUGCAAGGAUGGAUUGGUGUCUGAGGCUUUAAAUAUGUUCUCAGAAAUGUGCAGCAAAGGUAUUAAACCAAAUAUUGUCACAUACAGUUGUUUGAUUCAAGGUCUUUGCAAUUUUGGCAGAUGGAAAGAUGCUGCUUCCCUGCUGGAUGAGAUGAUGAAAGUGGGGAUGAUGCCUGAUUUGCAAACUCUAAACAUUUUAGUGGAUGUUUUCUGUAAAGAAGGAAAAGUUAUGCAGGCUAAGAGUGCAAUUGGAUUUAUGAUUUUGAUGGGCGAGCGGCCAGAUGCCUUUACCUAUAAUGCAUUGAUUGAUAGACAUUGUUUGCAAAAGGAAAUGAAUGAGGCCAUGAAAGUAUUUAACUUAAUGGUUACUAGGGGCUGUUUACCUGACAUUGUGACUUACACUUCACUUAUACAUGGAUGGUGUAUGAUUAAAAACGUAAAUAAGGCUAUGCAUCUUUUGAAUGAAAUGGUCAAUGCUGGAUUCGUUCCUGAUGUUGUCACUUGGACCACUCUUAUUGGUGGGUUUUGUCGAGUUGGUCGACCAUUGGCUGCAAAAGAACUCUUUUUUAGUAUGCACAAACAUGGCCAGAUGCCCAAUCUCCAGACUUGUGCUGUUAUAUUGGAUGGUCUAUGUAAAUGCCAGCUUCUUUCCGAGGCAACAUCGUUGUUUGAAUUAAUGGAGAAGAGUGGUUUGGAUCUUAACAUUGUGAUUUAUAAUAUUAUGCUUGAUGGAAUGUGGGCUGCUGGAGAAGUAAACAGGGCGUCGAAACUUUUUUCUUCUUUGCCUGCUAAAAGUCUGCAAAUUCAUUUGUAUACUUAUAACAUUAUGGUUAAAGGUCUCUGCAAACAAGGUUUAAUAGAUGAAGCUGAAGACUUACUUACGAACAUGGAAGAGAAUGGCUGCCCGCCAAACUACUCCACUUACAAUGUCUUUGUCCAAGGGUUACUAAUUAAAAAGGAUUCUUUAAGGUCCAUGAAAUACCUUCAAAUAAUGACAGACAAAGGCUUUUCAGUAGAUGCUACCACCACAGAAUUGAUUAUCAAUUACUUAUCCACUAAUCAAGGAGACAGUGAAUUUCGAGAAUUUUUGUUCACAAAAAGAUAACAUCUUACAGGAUUUUCAUUAGAAGUACAUUGAGUCUGGCCUCUUGAUUCAUCCCUGUAAAUAAUACUGGAAAAUUAAUACCAUUCAAGAGCUUCCAGCUGACAACUUGUGCAAUUAUGAAGUUGAUCCUUGACUUAGAUCCUCUUCAAAUACUCAAGACUUUGGUUUUUCCCGUCACUUGUUGGGGAUGUUUGUUAAUAUAAUCAUUCUUUAGCUACCCAAUAGUUAAAGUAGGAGUUGGUCAUUGACUCUUCUAAUGGCAAGUAUUUUGGCCCCCUACUUGCACUUUUUUGUACAAUAGAUCAACAGUAGCUUAGAUCAGAAUAUAUAGGAGUUGGGCAUUUAGAAAAGUAUUUCAUUGUGUUCCUAUAUCUAUGUUGUCUUACUUAAGUGUA